CUACUAUGUAAAAAUUACAAAUUGCUGCAUAAGCUUUUCGGGUGAUUUCAUCAUCGAAAUUUACACGUUGUUCGGAAAUUUCAGUAUUGAUUAUUUCCCGGAGAGUAGCUCUGAUCAUAUUACCGGGUAAAACACUGAAGUUAUUUCGAAUGCAGCCGCUGCGACUACUCCAAUUGUAAUCGUUACAUUUAAUGCCUGCUUUAUUAUUGAGCAAACCACUUGAAAAAACGGCAGUAAGCCGCUCUUAAUCCAGCACUUUCACGGGAAAACAAUAAGCGCUUAGGUGCUCAGUGGUCUUCGUGAUCUAAAAAACCGAAGUUAGUAAAAUUGUACAUCAACACAUAUUUUUCUGCUUUUCCAGCGUUUAACGAGUCAAUAUAAAUUUUUAAGCGACAUUCGUCGGUCCAAAGAUCUUCAUAAUCAUGAAGAUGGUCACUGGGAAUCAAGUGACUAGACUCACUACACUGAACUGUGCAGAAGACUUAUGAUGCUCCACGAAGACCAAUGAAAUUUGCAACAGAUCAUCAUAAACCCGAGGCCAUUCUACGUACUAGUGAUUUAAAAUGUUCUAAAAGCAUGCCACGUUAAAAUCCUGUCAUAUUGGUUAUAUUCGUAUUAUCAAACUUUAUAUGAUUGGUAAGGCAACACUUCAGUAACGGAGCGAUCUUCGAAUAAUUUUCGCUGCUUUACUAAACGUCGAGAUUUAUCUCCGAGCCGUAAAGCUUCACUGGCACCCCCUGAUAUUAUAAUUUACAACAUGGUCGAAGAAAAGUUCAAGGUUUUAACAUUUAAUUGCUGGGCCGUGUUUUUCCCGUCUCCGACUGUGAGAAAAGAAGACCGUGUUAAUGCGAUUGCCGCGAAGUUAUCAGUUGGGGAUUUCGACGUGAUUUUACUUCAGGAGAUUUGGCUGGAAUCAGAUUACAGAAAGCUCCGAAACAUUCUGGACGAGAAGUAUCCAUACUCUAAUUACUUUUAUUGCAACCUUAUAGGAACUGGUAUGUGCAUAUUUUCAAAAUGGACUAUAGAAUGUGUGUUCACACAUCCCUUUACUACUAACGGAUAUCCUCAUCUUAUUCACCAAGCUGAUUACUAUUGUGGCAAAGGUAUUGGGUUAGCCCGGAUCACAAGCAAAGAAGGAUUUAGGAUUAACUUUUAUGUAACCCACUUAAUUGCUCGUUAUGAAUUAGAUCGUAUGUUAGAUAAAUAUAAUGGACAUCGAAUAUCUCAAUUAGUUGAAAUAAUGGAAUUUGUUCGCAUGACAUCCACUGGUUCUGAUGCAAUUAUAAUUACUGGAGAUUUCAAUUUGGAAUCGAAUACUUCAGCUAUUGAAUUGUUUAGUACUUCAUUAAAAUUAUCUGAUGCAUGGCUUAAUAAUACUGUUGCUUUGAAGAAUACAAAUAUUACAGAAUUAGAGUCAGAGGGAUGUACGUGUGAUCGAGCUGAUAAUCCUUAUCGUAAUCAACUUUGGACAAAUACAUAUGGGAAUGGUGAAAGAUUAGAUUACAUAUUUUAUCGUUCUGGGCCAUCAAUAAUAGAUUCAUUUCAUAUACCAUCUUAUGCUAAACUUGUCUGUGAUUCGUGUUGGUUAGAUAUGCGUAAAGUACCUGACGACCCAUAUGGUUUACAUUAUUCCGAUCAUGAAGGUGUAGCUGCAAGCUUUACUAUUACAAGAUUACGCAAUCCUGUAAAACCAGAGGGUGAAACAAUGUCAGCAAAUGAAUUAAAUCGAUUACGUGAUUUAUUAUUAGAUAUAGAUCAACAAUUAACUCGUGGUUUGAAUCAAUGUAUACAUGGUCGUUUAUUGCAUUUAAUAUGGGCGAUAUUUAUAACAAUUUUAUUAAUUAUCUUAAUAUUAAUAUAUCCAACUGAUAGAUUAACAUCAAUUAUAAAAUGUUUAUUUGAAAUAUUACUUGGUAUUAUAUUAUUCACAUUAAUUUGGGGUUCAUUAAUUGGUAGAACUAUAGAAAAAUCCGGUUUAAAAAAUGCUAAACAUUCAAUUUCAACAUUAUCUUCAAGAUUAGAUAGUUCAAAUGAUUUUACAUUAAUUAAAUAAUAAUUUGUCUUUUUUUUCUCCUUUUGUAUUCCUCCCCAAUACUUUUUUCUUUUCUGUUUUUGUUUUCUUUUUCUUCCAAAAUAAAUUUUGAAUAGAAUAUGUUUAAGUGAAGAAAUAUAUACCAUCGAGUUUUUAUUUCUUUCUAAUUAAUCAAUUCAUUUUAAUUGUAAUGAUGAUAUCAGGAUUUAUCUCUCUCUGUGUCUCUCUCUCACACACACACACGUUCCUCUUUUAAUUACAAGCAAUUAACGGAAAUAAUAAAUUGUCAUCGUAUAUCUUUUAUACAAUUAUUCAUAGGUGUUAUAUUUAACAACGGCAAAAUGAUUGUAUUUGACACUGAUGUUUGUGUAUUUUAAUUUAUUUAAUAUUUAACAUAUAUGUGUAUGUUCAAUAUACCUAUAUAUAUAAUUCGAAUUAAUGUUAUCAUCGUUGUGGCUUUCUUUUGUCUCUUGUUUUUAUAUUGUACAUGUAUACAGAAUUAUGUCUAAUUUGAAAAAAAUUAUUUAACAAAUAUUUAUUUCCUUUUUUUAAUGAACCACUUAAUAUCUCGGUGAGUUACUAUCUCACAACAGACUCGGUUGAACUCCACUGGUCACUACUUCUCACUAGGACUUCAGGAAAUACCUCAUGAAGUCGGUGGAUGCGCACUGCUGAGGAGUCCCAAAAUAGGACGAAAUGGCCGUCCAGUGCUUCCAGGUUUUCCAUCGUGGUCUAGCUUCAACUGACUCAUGAUCUUAACCAUUGAAAUUACUACAAUCUUCACAAAACCCAUCUGAUAUUAAUCAACAUAUGCUCACUAGUGGAUUGUUAUAAAUAAUUCUAAUUUGGUUAUUUAAUCUCUGAAGAUGUGGCUUACACUAAGUCACGAAACAUCAGAAAAUCUAAUUUUUCUACUCACUGGAAUAUUAUAAAUAUUUAUUUAAAAAUUUACAAUACUCUCUGCAUGGUUCAGAGUAGCAAGUCAGUUAUUUUCUUGAUUGAUGUUGUGAUUUGACUGUCUCUAGAAUUAUGGGAUCUUUAUGCUGAGAAACUUAACAUUUUAUUGUUUUAUGAGUCCGAUACUAUACUUUUAAGAAUAUUCACUGGACGGUUGUACACAUUUUGUUAUGUGUAAUUUCUCUAUUUUUCCUGGUUUUCUUGAUAAAAAUAUCUCCACCAUUCCUCAUAUCAUGAUGUGACUGGGUGAGAAUUUUCAGUAGCACAAUAUUUUUAUCCUAGGUGUUAAGUUGUUUCUGCUUGUGUCCCUUCCCAUAGACAUAGAUGUAUCAACCAAACUAAUAUAUAAUACCUAUCUUCUACAAACCAAGAAGUUUGUUUAAUUAAAGCAGAUAAUUGAAACAGGGGGGAUAAAUAAUAAGGAAAAUAAAUCAUUCAUUAUCGUUAAAUUUAAAAUAAUAAAAGUAACUGAGAACAGUCCAAUACUAUAAGCAGAAAAUUUUGCAGUUACAAGAUGAAUUGAUUAAUGGAGCGAAAAAGCUAGUUGAAAUUGAUGUAAACUUGAAAAUACGUCGAACAUCAUGCAAGGUUCCCUUUUUAACGAUGUUCAGUAAUUCGUAUAUGUAUAACGUAGAAUCAAUUACAUUGCUUUAAAAUAAAGGCUCGUGGCUGCUUGAACGUUUACAACAAGGAAACAGGGGAUCGAUAUUUCAAAUGUUUGACGCCAUUGGUUAGCUAAAUCAUUGGGUUUCUGUUCGACUUAGAUUAACGAUUUGUAGUACAUAGGUUUCUUAAAUUAGUUGACCGUUGAAAAAUUUCAUCUCUGGUAUGUCGUGCCAAAAGUGUCUGCCGGUAGAUAUCAGUUCGAAUAAUUCAGUCAGAAUAAGGUGAAUACUAAUCUUUGACAUUUGUAUCCUUUAAGAAGUUCUAUUAUGUCCUUGUAAUUAUGAUUCGUAUAAAGUUUUACUCUUUUUUUCAGCAACGAAUAUACAUACAAUUAAUACUAGUCAUUUUAUUUAUUGAAAAAGCUUUCAGGCCUCUAAUAUUGUGAUUUCAGCGACCUUGCUUGGUUGAUCUGAUUUAAAAAC